CCGAGCCCCGAGAGGGACGCAGCGCGGGCAGGGGCGCGGGCUAGCGCGGCUGGGCUCCCUGGGAGAGAGUGCAUGGAUCCCGGUCUGGCGAGAUCUCCGGGCACCCUCGAGGCUCCCGCGGGCUGAAGUGCAGCCAGUCCUGGCCCGUGGUUGUGCAGUCCAGGGGGCUGGAUGGCAUGCUGGACCCAAGCUCAGCUCAGUGUCCGGGCCCAAUAACGGCUUUUCCAAGGGAGCAGCUUUCUGUCCUGGCCCCACCGAGGUGCACAGCGUAAUGUCCAUGUUGUUCUACACUCUGAUCACAGCUCUUUUGAUCGGCACCCAGGCAGAAGCCCACCCCGAGAGCCAUGUCCCAGCAGGACACGCCAUCCCCCAAGCCCACUGGACUAAGCUUCAGCAUUCCCUUGACACAGCCCUCCGCCGAGCCCGCAGCACCCCGGCGGGGGCAAUAGCUGCGAGGGUGGCCGGGCAGACCCGCAACAUCACUGUGGACCCCAAACUCUUUAAAAAGCGGCGACUGCGCUCACCCCGCGUGCUAUUCAGCACGCACCCCCCACCUGUGGCCGCAGAUACUCAGGAUCUGGACUUGGAGGCCGGCGGAGCCGCCUUGGGCAACAGGACUCGCAGGAGCAAGCGGUCGUCGUCCCACCCUGUCUUCCACCGGGGCGAGUUCUCGGUGUGCGACAGCGUCAGCGUGUGGGUGGGGGACAAGACCACCGCCACGGACAUCAAAGGCAAGGAGGUGAUGGUUUUGGGGGAGGUGAACAUUAACAACAGCGUGUUCAAACAGUACUUUUUUGAGACCAAGUGCCGGGACCCCACGCCCGUGGACAGCGGGUGCAGGGGCAUCGACGCCAAGCACUGGAACUCGUAUUGUACCACGACCCACACCUUUGUCAAGGCGCUGACCAUGGACGGCAAGCAGGCUGCCUGGCGGUUUAUCCGGAUUGACACAGCCUGCGUGUGCGUGCUCAGCAGGAAGGCUGGGAGAAGAGCCUGACCUGCAGGACAGCCCCCCCCCCCCAGCUCCCCCUCCACCCCCUCCUGGGCCCCUCCCUACCUCAACCUGUAAAUUAUUUUAAAUUAUAAGGACUGCAUGGUAAUUUAUAGUUUAUACAGUUUUAAAAAAUCAUUAUUUAUUAAA